AUGAGUUUCUCCAGUGAUGAAGUAAAUUUUCUCGUCUAUCGAUAUCUACAAGAAUCAGGGUUUCACCAUUCUGCAUACACUUUUGGCAUUGAGUCACAUAUAUCUCAAAGCAAUAUAAAUGGAGCCCUAGUCCCUCCCGCAGCAUUAUUAAAUAUUCUUCAAAAAGGACUGCAAUAUACAGAAGCGGAAAUCACAAUUGGAGAAGAUGGAACUGAGACUCGCCUUACUGAGAGCUUAAGCCUUAUAGAUGCAGUGACACCAGAUAUAGUUGCUGCUCGUCAAAAUGCUCACAAUGCACAAAAACAAGCUAUCAAAGCAGAGCCUGGCUCUGGAGGCGAGCAAAAUGGAGUUGAUGGUACAGUAUGUACUGCAGCUACAACAACAGGAGGAGCAACAACACCAAGUGCUCCAGAAAACAUGGAAGUUGAUCAGUCCAUAGAAAUACCGGCUAGCAAAGCUACAGUUUUAAGAGGACAUGAAUCUGAAGUGUUUAUCUGUGCUUGGAAUCCUAGCACUGAUCUUCUUGCAAGCGGGUCUGGUGAUAGUACUGCUAGGAUAUGGGAUAUGUCUGAUAAUCCUGCAACUACACCCAACCAGCUAGUAUUAAGACAUUGUAUACAAAAAGGCGGAGCUGAAGUACCAAGCAAUAAAGAUGUCACAUCAUUAGAUUGGAAUUGUGAUGGCAAUCUUUUGGCUACUGGGUCAUAUGAUGGAUAUGCUCGCAUUUGGACAACUGAUGGGACAUUAGCAUCUACAUUGGGACAACAUAAAGGUCCUAUCUUUGCUUUGAAAUGGAACAAAAGAGGAAAUUACAUUUUGAGUGCUGGGGUUGAUAAAACUACAAUAAUAUGGGAUGCAGCAACAGGGCAGUGUACCCAACAAUUUUCUUUCCAUCAUGCUCCAGCUCUUGAUGUUGAUUGGCAAACUAACACUUCAUUUGCAUCCUGUUCAACAGAUCAGUGCAUACACGUAUGCAAAUUGAAUGCUGAUAAACCAAUCAAGAGUUUUCAUGGUCACAAUAAUGAAGUUAAUGCCAUUAAAUGGGACCCGCAAGGGCAACUAUUAGCAUCUUGUUCAGAUGACAUGACAUUAAAGAUAUGGUCAAUGAAGCAAGAUACCUGUGUUCAUGAUUUACAAGCACAUUCUAAAGAAAUAUAUACAAUCAAGUGGUCACCAACAGGUCCAGGGACACAAAAUCCCAAUAUGAAUUUGAUUUUGGCAAGUGCAUCUUUUGAUUCUACUGUCCGGCUUUGGGACGUAGAAAGAGGAGCAUGCAUCCACACAUUGACAAAACAUACAGAACCUGUCUACAGUGUAGCAUUUUCUCCAGAUGGUAAAUUCUUAGCAAGUGGAUCAUUUGAUAAAUGUGUCCACAUAUGGUCAACACAAUCAGGAGCAUUAGUGCAUUCCUACAAGGGCACAGGAGGUAUUUUUGAAGUCUGUUGGAAUUCCCGUGGCACAAAAGUAGGUGCUAGUGCCAGUGAUGGUAGUGUGUUUGUAUUGGACUUACGCAAAUUGUAG